CCACCCUCUCUGCGGCGUUUGCAAGAAACCCAACGUACACGCUGUCAAAUCAAGCUAGUGACCACAUCAGCCUGUAAACCUCCGCCGGCUGAGAGUCUGCUGGCUGAACUGUCCUUAGCGUUUGUUAUAAUUUAUUUAAGUUCAUCAUUUGCACGUUUCAAGAGCUGUUAUUGUAAUCUGUCGUGAUUUGUUGGUCUAGUCUUGCUGUCCGUUGACAAUGGCUGAUCCUAAAUACGCGAACUUGCCAGGAAUUGCUUUUAACGAACCGGAUGUGUACGAGACCGGUGACCUUCCAGAAGAUGACCAGGCACAGUUUGAAUCAUUUGUACAAGAGCUGGAGGAGCUCUGCAGUGACAGUGUGGAGAGGAUUGUGGUCAACCCCAAUGCAGCCUAUGACAAAUUCAAAGACAAGCAUGUCACCACCAAAGGACUUGACUUCUCAGACAGAAUCAGUAAAAGCAGAAGAGUGGGCUAUGAGUCAGGAGAUUUUGAAAUUCUUGGAGAGGGUUGUGGAGUCAAGGAGACACCUCAGCAGAAGUAUCAGCGCCUCGUGAAUGAGAUCCAGGAACUCACUCAGGAGGUGGAUACCAUCCAGGCUGCCACAAAGGAAAGCAAUGCAGAGGAGCGCCUGACCCCAGUGGUACUUGCGCAGCAGGCAGCUCAGCUCAAACAGCAGCUGGUUUCUGCCCAUCUCGACUCAUUGUUGGGACCACAGGCACACAUCAACCUGGCUGACCCAGAUGGAGCGCUGGCCAGGCGCCUGCUCACCCAGCUGGAAGCGGCCAAGGGCAGCCGUGGCAGCGCCGCAGGAGACUGCAAGCCGACGGCACCAGCUAAGGGCCCAGAUGGAGUGAUACUCUAUGAGCUGCACAGCAGACCAGAGCAGGAAAAAUUCAAUGAAUCUGCCAAGAUGGCAGAACUGGAGAAGCGUCUUGCCGAGCUGGAGAUCACUGUUGGCUCAGGAUCAGACAAACAGGGACCUCUGAGUGCUGGCGCACAAGGAGCCAGUUUGAUGGACACUAUAGAGCUCCUGCAGGCAAGGGUCAGCGCACUGGACUCUGCUACUCUGGAUCAAGUGGAGGCCAGACUGCAGAGUGUCCUCGGGAAGAUGAAUGAGAUUGCCAAACACAAGGCAGCGAUUGAGGAUGCUGAUACACAAAACAAGGUGUCGCAGCUUUAUGACGUAGUGCAAAAGUGGGAUGCCAUGUCCACUUCUGUACCCCAGGUGGUACAGAGGCUUGUUGCUGUCAAGGAGCUGCAUGAGCAAGCCAUGCAGUUUGGCCAGCUGCUGACCCAUCUGGACACCACUCAGCAGAUGAUCAACAACUCUUUGAAGGACAAUAACACCCUGCUAACACAGGUCCAACAGACAAUGAAGGAAAACCUGGUGGCUGUAGAAGAGAACUUUGCUGCUCUAGACCAGAGGAUUAAGAAGCUCUCCAAAUAAAUGGUUGCAGGGUUUGGACCGGUCCCAGAGAGCUUAGAACACGGACAAAUAAGAGUUGGCCAGAGAGCACGGGGUUGGGUUAAUUGUCUUGUCUGGCCAUUCCUCUCUUGCUCUCUACUUUGCCUCUGCCUUUUUUCACUAAGUGGAAUGUUUAGAAAGUUGGAAAAGAUGGAAUAACAAAAAAAAAAGGAGACCAAAUGUUCUUGUCCACCCUUCUAUCCUCCUCCUUUCUCUUGCAUCAAGUUGCUGUCAGUUGAAAACACAAUUGUCCACGCUAUACAUACCACUGACUGCAGUCCCCUGUUGAGUUUUAGACUGGAUUGUUUUUAUAAUUAUUAGUAUUAAAUAUAAGCAAUUCUUCCAUUCCUUUUGGAACCUCACAUUAAUACUGGAUUUGUACUGUAUAAAUCUGGUCAAAUUAAAUGGAUCACACUAAUGUCGGGUUUGAUGGAUGACACAUUAAAAUGUUGUCAGCAGUGUAUAAAAGAAAAUCCACAUCUGUUGUCUUAGAGUGUUGUAGCAGGAGCACAACCGUGCGAGUGUCAGGGCCGAGUCACGGAAGGAAAGCUUGUAAAUAUGCCUGUGUACCUUAUUGUUUCUUCAUGCUCAGUUGCUUGUAACUAUAUUAUUAUGACUGAGACCGGACACCACAGACAAACUUUUAAUCUGCUUUGUCAUUGCCUACAAGUCAACUGUAUUGUUCAUCUGUGGUCAUGGAAACAGAUAAAUAAUAAAACAAAGUGCGAUAA